CAACUUUUUGUUUGUGUGUCUCCAUUUGUGCCUUCAGACCUCCAACAGCAACACGUCUGUGAGGAGGAGGAGGUUCAGCAGAGGAGCCGAACACAGUCUCUACAGAUUAAAGAGGAACAGGAGGAGAUGUGCAUCAGUCAGGACGGGGAGCAGCGUGCACAGAAGGAGGAGACUGAUACCUUUAUGGUGACUGUAACUUAUGACGACAGCGACCAGCUCGGCUCUCGCAGCUCUCUUCUAUACGAAAGCCGAGAUCAGGAAGGAAGCGAGAGUUUCGAUUCUACUUCAACUGCCACUAGAAACAUAAGUCAGAGUAGCAACGCAGAAAUCUUUCCCACAUCAGAGAGUCAGUGUAACACCGACAUAGUCCCCAAAUCUCUAAAAUGCAAUGUUUGUGGAAAGGUCUUUAAGCCUUAUAGUGACCCGUUAGCAUUUAAGAGACACAUGGCAGUCCACUCGGGCGAAAAGCCGUACUCCUGCAAAACGUGUGGGAAAAGUUUCACUAAAAAUAGUACUUUACUGGGCCACAUGAGAGUUCACACAGGGGAGAAGCUGUAUUCUUGUGAAACGUGUGGGAACAGUUUUACUCGAAAAGGUA